AUGCCGCGUAAGCAGGCUGUCAACCAGGCCAUCUACCUGGACGAAGCAGAAGGGUUCAUCCUUGAACAUGCACUUUUCUCUCCUCCCCGAACAUGGCCUCCUCUCCCGCCUGAACCUCAGGAAGUGAGACUGGCCAACAGUAGGAAGAAGAUGGAUUGGGAUGAAGAAGUGAGAGCACAUCCUGAUAAGCCCAUCGAUAUACCCUUUCCGACUCGUAAACGUAGCAUAACGCAUAAGGAAAGAGCACUUGACGGAGAUGAAGAUGAAGAUGAAGAUGAAGAUGAAGCUGGUGAUUCGAACAAGGAAAGAUGUGUGAUCUGCUUGAUGGAGUUAAAAGAUAGGACGAUAGUCGGAAUGUGCGGGCAUGAAUUCUGCUUCGAAUGUAUAGGGGUAUGGGCAAACCAGAGUAGACGAUGUCCUUUGUGUUCAGCAGAUAUGGCUCCUUUCCUCUUACAUGACUUAAAUUCUAGUACACCUACGAAGUUUUACCUACCACCUUUACCUUCUCGCAGAUUCCCUUCUGCAUCUCUACCUGGACCUUCUCGAUCUCGACUACCCGAGAUCAUACGGCGGGAGAGAAUCGACGAAAGAGAUAUCGAGCCUGAUGAACCAGACGAACUGGAUAUACAGGUGGAAAGGAGGAGGGAGAUCUAUCGUUAUGGACUGUAUGUGAAGCACAUUGGCUCAAACCCACAUACGAAAUACCGUCCCACUCCCACCCCUCGACAAUUUUCUGAAGACCCUUCACUAAUCCAAAGGGCAACGGCAUUUUUACGAAGGGAAUUAAGAGUAUGGCAAGAUUCCAUCGAUGUAGAAUUCUUAACAACGUACAUCAUAUCUCUUUUGAAAACUAUAGAUAUCCGUUCGGAUCCCGCUAUAAGAUUAUUAGCUGAUUAUUUAGAUUCACCCUCGACUACAAAUGAGAACCGGCCUCCUCAUACCACUGUCGCUGAACAUUUCUCACACGAGUUGUAUAGUUUCUUGAGAUCACCUUUUAAGGAGUUGAGGAAAUGGGAUGAGGUUAUACAGUAUGAUCCCAUACCAACCUCUUCUCUGCGAUCACACAGUUCACGGUCUCCCUCUCCAGUCCGAUCAGUAUCACUCUCCCCUCGCUCACUUCGAUCGGGGUCACCCUCAUCAUCGCCUGAUCGAUGCGGGCGCAACUGGAAUCGAAGAGAUGUGUUCGUACCCUCAGUCUCACCAGAUGCAAAGAGGUGGGACGAGAAUGACACAUGGUUAGAUCCGGAAUAUGCAGCUUGGUUAGAAGAAGAGAAGAGACGAGAGGAAGAUAGAAGAGAAAGAAAGAGGUUGAAAAGAUCUAGUAGACGUGAAUCGCAACUGCAGCUGGAAAGUAAACCCAUGAGAGCAUGGGGAGAAGGAGAAGCAAGGAAGGAAAGAGUGGAAUUACUACCUGAACCUCCAGAGCCACCUUUAAGAAUGGACGUGGACGGUAAAGAAGAGGAAGAGGUGAAACCGACCGUUGGGUUGACCAUCAAAGGCGUAGCUAGAUCGACGUCAUCAUUGAUAACCACGCCAGCUCCUAGCGAACCGGCUGCUCGAAGGAGAUUGAUCGAGAAACUCAACAAGGAGAAAGCCAAUGGCCCAUCUCAACCUGUUGUCGAGGGAGGUACAACACGCAAGAUGACAUUGGAAGAGAUGAAAGAGAGAUUGUUAAGAUUGAAGUCUGAGAGUGCGGCUCGAUCGUCACCAUCAAUGUCGUCAACGAACGAUAAGACUGUUAGAUUGAAAGAGAAAUUAGCUAGAUUGAAAGCUGAAGCAUCGAUCAGCCAGCCUGUAUCAUCAGUUGAAGAGGAUCAAGACCGAGAUCAGAAUACCCAGACGGAAACCGAGAUGGAUGAUAACACCUUAUUCCCAAUCGAUCAGAAUACGUAUAAUCAUGAAAACAAUGACGACCAAUACGAGAAUACUUAUGAUAAUGCUCAUGUGUCACAUGUCGGAAGAAAUCGAAUGUCAGAAAGUAAAAGACGUGAAAUCAGGAUCAAAACUCGACUCGAAACCGAACGUAUCAUCUACGUUAAAAACACAAACGAAUCUAAAGCUCAGGAACUACGUCGAAGGAUCUUACAGAAUAAAGCUAAGAGGGAAAAAGAACAGAUGGAAAGUAAUUUUGGAGGUAUGAAGGAUGAUAAGAUCCUUUCGUCCAUGGAUGUGGAAGAACGAAAGAAAGAAGUAAGAAGGAGAUUGAUGAGGUUGAAGAUGCUUGGAGCGGAGACUGAGCAGGAGAGGCGAGCGAGAGUUCUCAAAGAGAGAUUGAUGGAGAAGAAGAGAAAGAGUAGUUUGCCAAAUGGGGUCGUGGAGGUCGCUGCGUAG